CUGGUGCUGUGAUGGCAGAAAGCAUUUCAUUUUUCUGAGUAGAAAUCAUCACUUUGGGAACUCUUCUGAAUUGUGUGUCACCCUGAAGAUCCAUGUACCUGUUCCAAAGCAGAUAUAAGAGGAAUUUACAUUAUGUCUGGAGUCUUUAAAAGAUUGCCCAGUUUUCUGACAUAUAUUCUCCUUCUAUUACAGCCUAAAGAAGUGAACUAUGAAGUUCUACAACUGCAUGUUGUUGUUGUCCCUGGUACUAUGUGUCAGUGCCCAGAACUGGUUCACUGAUGCUGGAUCAUUCAUAAGGGAUGCUUAUCGAGGCGCUGAGGAUAUGUGGCGUGCAUACAGCGACAUGCGGGAGGCGAAUUAUAAAAAUGCAGAUAAAUAUUUCCAUGCUCGUGGGAAUUUUGAUGCUGCCCAAAGAGGGCCUGGCGGUAAAUGGGCAGCAGAAGUUAUUAGUGAUGCUAGGGAAGGUUGGCAGAGUGACAUUAGUGGCAGAGGAGCCGAAGACACACGUCAAGACCAGGAGGCAAAUGCAUGGGGCAGAAGUGGAGGAGACCCAAACCGCUACAGACCAGAGGGCCUUCCCUCGAAAUACUAAUGCAGCCUG